AUGAGCGCCGUCGUAGCCCUCGUGGUGAUUUUCGCAGGUGCCUACGUGGCCUACCAGCUUUUCCUCUCGCCCCUCUCUCGCAUACCCGGGCCCUUCUGGGCAAAGCUGUCAUAUUUUGGCAUGCUGCUUGGUGCUCUUGGGAAUGACGCCCAUCGCGAUUUUUUAUCGCUUCACAAGAAAUAUGGCAAAGUUGUCAGGAUCGGCCCAAACUCCCUGAGCGUCACAGAUCCCGCAGCAUUCCGUGAGAUUUACAAGGCUGGUGGAGAGAGGGACGAAAAAGUCCAUGGGGAGCAACGCAAGCUAGUUGCCCGGGCAUACUCUAUGGAGUCAAUGAUCCACCUUGAGCCACGCGUCGACGAAACACUCACAACCCUGCUCCAAAAAUUCGACGAGCUUCAGGGCCAGACUAUCGACCUCGCACAAUGGCUUCAGCUAUUCGCGUUCGAUAUAAUCGGAGCUAUAAGCUUCUCCCGACCCUAUGGGUAUGUCGAAGCCGGCGACGACAACGGCAUAUUUGCUCUUCUCAAAACCACAUUCAAAUCUCUCGCGUGGUUGACCCGUGCUCUUUGGUUUUUCCGAUUACACCAGCGCCUCAAGUCUUUCUUCGGAGACUUCAUCUCCUUGGGGGCCAGCAAUCGGAAUGGGUACUUUCACCAGUUCGCGUGGAAGGAGAUCAAUGCCAGAAAAGCCCGUGAAGGCGACGACCGAGACAUGCUCGGAAAGCUUCUGACAGUGCAGCAAAGCAAGCCUCAGAUGAACGACACUAACAUCGCGUUCAUGAUGACAAGCAACGUUACUGCCGGGUCAGACACGACAUCUUUCGGGCUCAGCGCCAUCUUUCAUUAUUUACUCAACAACCCAGACAAGUACCGCUGCUUAGUGGAAGAGUUGGAAAAGCAGAAAGCCAACGAGCGGUACUUCUUCACAUUUGGCGGCGGCUCACGAACAUGUAUUGGUAGAAAUAUCAGCUGGCUUGAGAUGGAAAAGCUUGUGCCCACUCUAUUGAUGCGAUACAAUUUUCAACUCGCACCUGAUGCUAAACUGGUUGAUGAUUGCGGGUUUCUUAUGUUUGCAAGGGGGCUUUAUGUAAACUGGACGUUACGAGAUAUUUAA